UCAACCAGCGCCAGUGGCCGCUCCCAAUCCGGCAGCGCAUCCUCCUCCCCCCGCCCCGUUUCCGUCCUCUUCGUCUGCCUAGGCAAUAUCUGUCCGUCACCCGCUUGCUCAGCCGGUUCCAUUCUCCAGGAAAGAACUAACACCCAAGUACAGGCCGCUCCACAAUGUCCGAAGGCGUGUUCCAAUCCCUCACCCAACCGGCGAACGGUAAACCGCACCACCCGCUCAUCUCGUGCAUCGACUCGUGCGGCACGGGCGCCUACCACGUUGGCGACGCACCGGACCCGCGCACCAUGGCCACGCUGCGCAAGAACGGCAUCACGCAGUACAGGCACCGGGCGCGCAAGUUCCGGCACCCGGAGGAUUGGGACGAGUUCGAUUACAUCCUGGCCAUGGACGACGACAACCUGGAGGAUCUGCAGCGGUUGCGGGCGCGCGAGGUGAAGAGGCGGGGUGGUGAUGAAGAGGGGAUGGGGAAGUGCAUGUUGUUUGGGGAGUUUGGGGGCAGGAAGAGGAGGGGCGGGAGGGGGGAGGAGGUGGUGGAUCCGUAUUAUGGUGGUGGUGAGGGGUUUGAGGCUGCGUUUGAGCAGGCGGGGAGGUUUUCGAGGGCUUUCUUGGAGGAGUUGGAGGCGGGACGGUUGAGUUAGGGCGGAGGAGAAGUGGAAGCAAGGGAGGGAGAGGGAGAGGAAGAGAUGGUGAUAUGAUACCCUGAUGGAACUCUGUAUUGUGUAUCGAGGAUCUGCUAUCGAAUCCCAGCCAUUCGAUUGGUAGUGGAGACUGCGCCUUGGGAGUGCAAUGAUGCGGGAUGCAAACUUUUAUGCUAUUGACGCCACAUGCCUUCAAAUGUUUAGCUACGGCUUCGUCUGUGGCAAGGAAUUCCCUUGGAAGAAGACUGCGGUCUCGAUGGGGAGAUAGUUCAUGUACAGCCCCA